GGAUAAUCGAAACAUUCAACUUUGAACCUAGAUAAGUAAUUGCGUAAAAUUCCGUGUGGAUAUCGAAAUAGUUUUGCGCAAUUAGUUUACGUUAAAAUACGAUAAAAUUAAACCAGAUUUAAAAAAAGUUUAUUAAUGAUAAGUGAUGAGUACAAUUUCUUAUCGCUGUGUGGCGCUGAUUAUGAAAAAUCACUGGAAAAGUGUCAAAUGCUUCUGACACUAGGGUAUGGUUGGUAAGUCUCGAUCAUUUUGACAAGAGUACGGGGACCGUUCGAGUUCCUAAAUAGUAAAAUUAUGGCUGGAAUGCUAACCAUGGCUUCCAGAAAUAUGUCCCGAUCGGUAAUUAGGGCAUUGAACGAAUCUAUCAACACCAAAACCUUACAGAUUGGGACAAGAUCUAUUCAGCAUGCAGUAAGAAUAUCGAAAAAUAGUUCUAAGUUAAUUACGAGACAACAUCGGAAUAUUUAUGACCAAGGUGUUAAAUUCUUUAGAACUAGUUCUAUUUUAAGGGAUGAAGUUAAAAUUGUUGCUUGCCCUGGUUUUCCAGAAUCCGUAGCUGAAGGUGAUGUUAAGUAUAUGAAAAAAGUCGGUGAUCCAAUCCGAGAAGAUGAUGUUGUUUGCGAAAUCGAAACCGAUAAAACCGCCAUCCCGGUUCCCGCCCCCUCUCAUGGAGUUCUUGAAGAGAUUAUGAUCCCUGAUGGAACAACUGUAAAACCUGGAGAUAAACUUUUUAAGAUUAAAGUUGGUGCAGCUCCCGCUGGUGGUGCUGCUCCGGCUGCUAAAGCUGCUCCUGUAGCACCUCCAUCACCAAAAGCUGCCCCACCACCUACUGCACCUCCACCACCACCUCCACCACCACCAUCCGCAGCUGCUAGUAAACCACCACCUCCUCCUCCAAGAGCAGCUGCAGCUCCACCACGACCUGCAGCUCCAGUUAGUUCAAUUCCUGUUGCUGCAAUUCGACAUGCACAAACACUGGAAGCUGCCACAGUGAAGCUUCCACCUCAAGAUCCAACAUCUUUAAUUUCUGGAACACGUAGUGAGCAAAGAGUAAAGAUGAACAGAAUGAGAUUGAAGAUAGCCCAAAGAUUAAAAGAUGCCCAAAAUACCACUGCCAUGUUAACAACAUUCAACGAAAUCGAUAUGAGUUACAUCAUGGAAUAUCGUAAAACAAAUCAAGAUGCUUUCGUUAAAAGGCACGGCGUUAAAUUAGGUUUUAUGUCUGUGUUUUGUAAAGCGGCCGCUUACGCUCUUCAAGAUCAACCGGUUUUAAAUGCGGUUAUUGAUGGGAAUGAAGUUCUUUAUCGCGAUUACAUUGAUAUUUCUGUUGCUGUUGCGACGCCUAAAGGUCUUGUCGUGCCUGUUUUAAGAAAUGUCGAAAAAAUGUCCUAUGCGGAUAUUGAAAAAGAAAUUGCUAAUCUUGGUGAAAAAGCUAAAAAAGGUACUUUGGCAAUUGAAGAUAUGGAUGGUGGUACUUUUACGAUUAGUAACGGCGGUGUUUUUGGUUCUUUAAUAAGUACUCCGAUUAUAAAUAUGCCUCAAUCAGCUAUUUUGGGAAUGCAUGGUGUAUUCGAUCGUCCAAUAGCUGUGAAAGGUCAAGUAGUGGUUAGACCAAUGAUGUAUAUCGCUUUGAGUUAUGAUCAUAGGUUAAUAGAUGGUCGUGAGGCUGUUAUGUUCCUUAGAAAGAUUAAAGCGGCAGUUGAAGACCCUCGCGUCAUCUUAACCGGUUUGUAAAUCCUUAAAAAGAAAAAAAAAAAGCAUUCUUGGGAUGUUUUUUUUUUAAUAUACCUAUUGUACUCGGACGAGUCGUAAUAAUUAAUUUAGAAAUAAACGAGGAUUUUUAUUAUUUUAUUACAGGGUCCUCGUUGAUUUUUAAAUAAUUUGUAACACAUAAUAGCAAGGAAACGUAAAGAUAAAUAAAAAAUAAAGGAAACCGUGCACGAUUUAGUGAAAUCCCAGUUUUAUUUCUUUAAUUUAGAUUCUAUUUACAUUUAUUUUCAAAAUUAAUUCAUCUAUAUCACCAAAAAAUUUUAAUUGUAAUUUUUAACCAAUUUUUUUGCCCUAUGUGUAAUGUAAUAUCUAAUAUUUAUUUGAGGGAAAACCCCCCCGUGUACAUUUUUGUUGGCAAAAUUGUCAGCGUUCAUUGUAUUGUUGGUUAUAAUAAUACAUAAAUGACAAUGUUA